AUGGAUGCGAUUCAAACCCACCCCACGAGCGCUGCCCAGGCCAAGGCCUUCACUGCCCCCGGUUCUCUCUCUUUCCCCACCGGACAUGCCGAUCUGAACCAGUCGGUCGCGGGCAAUGGCACUGUCGCCAAUGGCGCACAGCAGUCGGGCGUCCAAACCACCAACGGUGCUGGGGUGACUCCCGCGACCCCCGCUGCGACGCCGGGCGCCGCUUCAGCUGGACCCAGUGGUAUCACACCCACUCUUCAGAACAUUGUCGCGACUGUCAAUCUUGACUGCCGUCUGGACCUGAAGACAAUUGCGCUGCACGCUCGCAAUGCUGAGUACAACCCCAAGCGUUUCGCCGCUGUUAUCAUGCGUAUCCGUGAGCCCAAGACCACCGCUUUGAUCUUUGCGUCGGGCAAGAUGGUCGUCACUGGCGCCAAGUCGGAAGAUGACUCCAAGCUUGCUUCCCGCAAGUAUGCCCGUAUCAUUCAGAAGCUCGGCUUCAACGCCAAGUUCACCGACUUCAAGAUCCAGAACAUUGUGGGUUCUUGCGACAUCAAGUUCCCCAUUCGUCUGGAGGGUCUUGCUUCCAAGCAUCACAACUUCAGCUCCUACGAGCCCGAGUUGUUCCCCGGUCUCAUCUACCGCAUGAUCAAGCCCAAGAUUGUGCUCCUCAUCUUCGUCAGCGGCAAGAUUGUUCUCACAGGCGCGAAAGUUCGCGAGGAGAUCUAUCAAGCUUUCGAGAUGAUCUAUCCCGUGCUGCAGGAUUUCCGCAAGAUGUAG